UUUUUUUUUUUUUUUUUUUUUUUGUCUUGUUCGUUCUAUCGCCUUGUCGCGUUCCAUUCUUUGGCCUUUUAUCACGACAGAAUAGCCUUGGUAGGCAGUACUUUUGUCGCCAUGAAGGCCACCACCCAAGGAGAUGUAUCAGUCUACACAAUAUCUGGCGCCAAUACAGCGCGGCCCUUACCAGACUGGCUCGCACGUCGUCGGAAGCGUAGUUUGAAAUCAGACCCCGAGUACCAAAGUCGAAUAGAGUUGCUUCAAGAUUUCGAAUUUGAGGAAGCUAGCCAAUGCGUCAGAGUUUCGGAAGACAAUGACUGGAUUAUGUCAACGGGAACAUAUAAGCCGCAAUUCCAUGUUCACUACUUACCUCACCUCUCCUUAUCAUAUUCGAGACAUACGAAAUCUCUUAAUACGACCUUCCUUCUCCUCUCAGCUGAUUACACGAAAUCCCUACAUUUACAAAGCGACCGAAAACUUGAGUUUCACACUCCCGCUGGUUGUCACUAUGAGUUACGCCUGCCUAGAUACGGAAGAGACCUCGUUUACGAUCGACACGCUACCGAAGCGCUAGUUCCCUCAGUCGGAUUAGGUUCUGACGGCAAUGGCGAAGUCUUUCGAAUGAACCUCGAAAUUGGGAGAUUUAUGAAAUCGUAUCAAAUAGAUGUCGGAUCCGACGAGGGCGUAGAAACCGGCUUACAAGGAAGUAUUGGGGUUGGGAGUGUCAAUACAGCAGCGAUUGCGGAAAAUAGCCACAAUUUAUUAGCCUUUGGCACAUCCAUUGGCUCCGUUGAAUUUUGGGACUCGCGAUCCAAGUCACGAGUUGCUAUCCUUGGCGGCCAGGAGGGUGAAAUAACAGCCCUCGACUUUAACCCUUCGGGUCUUUCGUUAGCGACUGGAACAUCGAAUGGACUUAUCAAACUUUUUGAUCUUCGAAGUCCAAAGCCGCUCUUGCAAAAAGACCAUGGACCAGGGUUCCCGAUCAAAAAUCUUAUUCACAUGACCACUUCUUCCCAGGAGAAAAAGGUCCUCUCAGCUGAUAAGCAGAUGAUCAAGAUCUGGGAUGAGCUUGAUGGUGAGACCUGGACCUCUGUUGAACCAUUAGUCGAUAUCAACUUCGUCACAUGGUGCAAAAAUACAGGAAUGAUCCUCACGGCCAACGAGGGUAAACCUCUUCAUAGUUUCUUCAUCCCACAACUGGGGUCUGCGCCCCGGUGGUGUUCAUUCCUCGAUAACAUGGUUGAAGAGAUGGCCGAGGAAGUCAGCACCGAGCAAUACGACAACUUCAAGUUCCUCACAUUACCCGAAUUGAAAUCUCUGAGCCUUGAUCACUUGAUAGGCAAGACGAACUUGCUGCGUCCUUAUAUGCACGGUUACUUCGUUGCUUCGAAACUUUACGAACAAGCUCGGUUAAUCGCCAAUCCCUAUGCUGUGGAGGAAGAGCGCGCCAAACGCAUCAAGGAGAAGAUUGAAAAGGAGCGCGCCAGCCGAAUCCGCGGAAACAAGAAGGUUAAGGUCAACCAGAAGUUUGUUGAUAAGUUACUCAAGCGACAAGAGAAGAGAGCGAAUAUCGAUACGAAUGCUGGUGUUCUCGGAGAUGAACGUUUCACUCGUCUAUUUGAGGAUGAAGAGUUCAAGAUCGACGAGAACAGCCGCGAGUUCCAGGUCCUAAACCCCAGUACCAAAGUUGACCCGGAAACAGGUGCAGAGAUUAGGCCCUCCGGUGCGCAAUCUUCAGAUGAGAACGAAGAUUCAAGCAAUAGCGACGAAAGCGAUGACGAGAUGUCCAUCCGGAAAACCACCCAGAAGGAAAUGGUUAUGCGUGUCAGCUCAUCCAAUCGGGAGAACUCGUCAAAGGACGUUUCUCUAGGUUCAAGAGCGCAGAAGUCAGGCAGGGUCAAUAAGAUCCGAAACGGAGACGUAGUUGGGGAGAGACAAGUCACAUUCGUCCCGGAUUCUGGGAAGAAGAAGAAGAGUGAUGAAGCUCCAAGAGCUCAAGUAAAAGAUAGACGAAAUGAGGCACGACGAAGUGCCAGUACCAACGUCUUUAGGCGACUUUGAUACCCAACGAUAUACUAGCGAUAUUUAUACAAGUUUAAACCGCAGUUGGCUCGCUUUCCUGGACUCCAUUUCUCCAAUUAUAAAUAAGGCCACUCAAAUACCAUAGCUAACCUGACGCCUAUGUAUUCUUCCAAACAAUCGUGGUCACUUCAUAAUAGUCCGCACUGCGUGAUUAUUUACUUCCUCGACCACUUCUUAUUUUUCUUCUCCGAGCUCUCGCGGGUGGUGGACCGGGCAAGGCCCUUCUCGAUAUCCUCAGGUCUUAACCUAGGUGUUGGUGGUACAUCAUCCAAACGAACACGACCUCGUGAUGAGUUACCCGAAGACUCCUUAACCGACCUUGGGAAUUCCGAUCGCCGGGGAGUGAGAGCGGUAACUACCUUCCUUGCCGAACGCCGAAUGCUCUCUCUAACCUUCCAUUCCCUCUUCUUGGCCAGGUAAAACAGUACGGCCAUAGAUACUGCAUUAUGUUAGCUCAUUGAACUCGGGAAAGGUGCAGAAAGCUUACUGCCAAGGACGCAAACGACGGCAACGACAACUAUUAUUGCGACUAUCGCACCGUGGGAAAUCUGAAUGGCGCCGGGGCUACUUCCUGAUGCCCCCGCGGCAUCAUCGAUGCUGCCGCCGGAACUAAUCGAGCCCGGUCCAC